AUGGCGGCCAAGGAGGACCUGUACAGCAAGAUUCUCCCCCGGAGGCUCCGGCAAAGCCGGCGGGGUUCGGUGAAAUCCAGCUCCAACCUGGACGUGCUGUUAUCCAUGGGCUUCUCCAGGCACAGAGCACUGAAGUCUUUGGUGUCGACUGGAGGCCGGAGUGUCCAGGCAGCUUGUGACUGGCUUUUCUCCCAUGUGGACGACCCGUUCCUGGACGAUCCUCUGCCCAGGGAGUUCGUCCUCUACCUGCGACCCAGCGGGCCGCUCCAGAACCAGCUCUCCCAUUUCUGGCAGCAGAGUCGGCUCACCUGCGGCAAGAACAAAGCCCACAACAUCUUCCCACACAUCACUCUGUGUCAGUUCUUCAUGUGUGCUGACUCAAAGGUGGAGGCUCUCUGUGAGGCCCUGCAGACCACCGUGCAGCAGUGGAGGGGUCGGUUCCCCAACCCACUGCCUCUGGAGCUCUACACAUCCUCCAACUUCAUAGGGCUGUUUGUGGAGGAGCAGGUGGCUGAUGUCCUCAGGCAGUUUGCAGCUGACUUCGCCACAGAGGCUGUAAGGAAAACAGAGGUCAAAGUGGAGCCUCACAAGAAGCAGCUCCAUCUAACGCUGGCGUACAACUUCUCCAGUGAUCACCUCCCCUCCCUGGAGAAGCUGGCCAAGGGCAUCGAGGUGAAGCUGGGCUGUGAUUGGCUGGCCGUACUUUUUUCCAGGGACAUCCGGUUUGCUAACCAUGAGACGGUGAAAGUCAUGUACCCCUACAUGCCACAGAACGAUGACGAACUAGAGCUCACUCCUGGGGAUUAUAUCUUCAUGUCUUCCAUGGAUCAGAACAGCACCAGCGAGGGCUGGGUGUACGGGACGUCCCUGGCCACCGGCCUGUCUGGACUUCUGCCGGAGAACUACGUCAGCCCGGCAGACGAGUCUGACUCCUGGGUGUUUCACGGCUCCCAUUCCUUCUUCAGCUGUGGACCCAGUGAAAAAGGCGGGAAAGAGAAAGGAAUGUUUGACGGGCUGCUGGACGGACGACGUCCAGACAGCACCGGUCCCGGAGAAAUGCCCCCCCUCAGUGUAAUCUGCCACCCUAUGCAGCAGGUCCAGCGGUUCAGUGGCAGCCACACCCGGCAGCCCAAACGGACUCUGUUUGUGUGCCGGCACGGUGAGCGGAUGGACGUGGUGUUCGGGAAACACUGGCUCACUCUCUGCUCCGACAGUAAAGGUGAAACCUGAAACUCUGCGAGGUCUUAAACCGGAACU